CUCUCAGGUUUAUUUCUGAUGGUGAUAAAUCGUGAAAUCGAUUAAUAGAAUAAUAUUUAUUUAUAUAUUUAAGGGUAGGAAACAUUAACAAUAAUUAUGUGAUUGGCUAAAACAUAAAAGAGAAAUACAAAGAACAAGCAACUAAAACUGUUGGAAGAUUUUAAACUUAAAUAACCUACAAAACGAUGUCUGCAGAAGAAAAUUUUGAACAGUUUGAGGAUGAAGAGACAGAAAUUCCAAUCGGCGGGACUCUGCCUGGAGGAAGAAAACGGCUCUUCUCCAAGGAACUGCGCUGCAUGAUGUAUGGCUUCGGCGACGAUCAAAAUCCUUAUACAGAAAGUGUCGACCUGUUGGAGGAUUUGGUUAUCGAAUUCAUAACAGAGAUGACACAUCGAGCCAUGGAGAUUGGACGCACAGGACGAGUUCAAGUAGAAGAUAUUGUAUUUUUAGUAAGAAAGGAUUCCAGGAAAUAUGCCAGAGUGAAAGAUCUUUUAACAAUGAACGAGGAACUUAAGAAAGCAAGAAAGGCUUUUGAUGAGGUUAAAUAUGCAGGUACUGUCAAAGAUUAAACAUACGAUUGUAAUGUUAUAUCCAUCAACGAAUGUAAAAUCUGAAUGCGUAUAAGUUUGUAUUAAUCUACUUGAAUCAUUUGUUUAAUUAAGAGAAUCUUUCAAGUCAGCAUGUUCAAUUUGCAAGUAGUAUUAAUGCAGUCUGUUUGGUUAUAUAAUUGCUCUGCAUAUACAUCUCGAGCAAAGCAAUUGUUUUUGAUUAAUUACAUUUAUUGCUGGGAUAACGUCGCUUUAGUUUGCAAUAACAUUAUAUAAUUGUUUGCAG